AUGAGUGAGAAUCAGGACGGCCUUCGUCGUGCCCACUUCACUUCUCAGUAUGCCGACCGUUCUCACAGCACGGUUGAAAGGGUGGUCACUUCAUCACCCAAUGCCGGAACAAUUCGUAUUUGUGGCGAUCUCGAGUUUGCCAUCAAGGCAGCCUUCUCCGGUUCGGUCACCGUAGCCAUAGUUUUUCAACCAGGGAUGCCGGGCAGCUACAUUGCCGAUCUUCUUGUGGACGAGGCGGGAAGAUACGCCUGCUGGGCUUCGUGGAAAUGUCAAGCAAGGCUCGUGAAAGCUGCUGGUGCGGCAUUUGCUGAGCCGUGA